CACGCUGCUUGUUGGUGCUGGCGAUGUCCUGCAAACAAAAACGCACAAAGAGACUUCACAAAUGACAAAAGGCCUGCUCCCCUACCGCUUUCAGUUGCUCCUGGGUCUGUCUGAGGAUCAUGCGGGCCCGACAAAGGGGAUGACGGCCGCUGAGAGGUCAUGUAGCACGAUGAGAUGGUAGAGCAUGACGAGCAUCCAGCAGGGCAUCCAGAAGACGCAGUACAGGAAGCUAUACAGCAUGCAGAAGAGCUGGGAGGAGACGUUGAGGGACUCUGUCUCGGUGUUGUGCCACACGCGGGGCGAAGAGGUACUAGCAGCACCAGGCCUGACCAUUCAGAGCCGGGCAGGGAGGGCACAUGUUCAUUGUGUUGGUGGAUGAUGUUUCUCCGUGUCGCAACUCACCGAUGAUAUUGAAGGGUGGCGGAAGGCGCUCUCUUCGGCUCAUCUUGACGUACUAAUGCAUUGAGGACCUUGAUGCGCAGCAUCUGGUAUUGCGCAUCGCUGGUCGUCUCAAUGGUCGCAUAGGUGGAAGACAUGAUGGCAAUCAAAAGAUUCACCUGCACACACGGACACAGAGACAUUUCUCGUCAAUGAAGUGUGUUUGCUCGAUUGCAUCCUGACCAGUAUGAUGCCCAACAGGAUCACGAAGACGAUGAUCAGUGUGGCCAU